ACCAGAGACUGUGAUGGGAAAUAAGCCUGGGUUCAAAUUCUGGCACCAUAAAACCUUUAACUAACUAGUGAGGAGACUGAAUCAGUAACCAAAAGUCUCCCAACGAAGAAGGAUCCUUGACCAGAUGCCUUCACUGGUGAAUUCUAUCAAACAUUUAAAGUAGUAAUACCAGUCCUUCUCAAACUCUUCCAAAAUAUUAAAGAGGAGGGAACACUUUCUAACUCAUUCCAUGAGACCAGCAUUACCCUGAUAGCACAACCUGGCAAAGACACACAAGAGAAGAAAACUACACACCAACAUCCCCUACGAGCAUUGAUGCAAAACUCCUCACAAACCAAACUCGGCAGCAUAUUGGAAGGAUUAUACAUCAUGACCACGCAGGAUGUAUUCCUGGAACGCAAGGACGGUUCAGCAGAUGAAAAUCAAUAACGUAACACACCACGUUAAUAGAAUGAAGGAGGGAGAAUCACACGCUCGACUGGUGCAGGAAAAGCGUUGACAAAAUUCAGUUCCAAUGGUCAGUGAGACCCAGGUGGAAACCUGCUAAGGAUCUGUGGGAAAGGUUUUCCUUCUGCCGCUUCCUUCUUCUUUAUCUUUCUUCCUGGAAAGGGCACGUGGGGCCAGAGGUGGGGCAGGCAUCUUUUACGCAGAAAGUCUGACCUUCAUGGUUGAUCAGCGUAGGAGGCUGAACCGCGCGCCCUCUCCCCCGAAGACGUCUGUGUCCUAAUCCCCAGAAUUUGGGAAUAUGUUAAAGUACAUGGAAAAGGGGACUUUGCAGGUGUGGUCAAGGUGAGGAUCUUGGGAUGGGGUGAGUAGCCCAGAUGGUCCAGGUGGGCCCAAUGUCAUCACACAGGCCCUUAUGAGAGGGAGGCGGGAGAGUCAGAGUGGUAGGAAGUGAGAGGUCAGAGGGAUCUGAGGAUGGAGGAGGGGUGGUGAGCUAAGGAAUGCCUGCGCCUCCAGAAGCUGGAAAAGGCAGGAAACAGAUCCUCCCUGGGGGCCUCCAGAAGGAAAACAGACCUGCCCUCGCCUUUGGCUCUGGCCCUCAGAAUUGAGUGGAGACAUUUUCGUCUUAAAUCUCUUAAGCCACCUGUUGGCCGGGCCCUGUGCGUGUCUGCUCUGCCUCGCUCUCAAGUUGCCUUUGGUGUCACGUCUCCUUGGUCUCUUCCGACCUGGAAAAGCUCCUCAGUCUUUUCUUCCGUUUCGUGAAUUUGACUUUUCGAAGAGCGCUCGUCAGAAAUUGCACAAAGACCAAGGCUUCCCGAACAUCUUCUUGCUGCCUGCCGUGUCGCUUGCACCCAGAACAAUGCGUGGCAAGUAGCAGAUCUGUCACUGAAUGUAGCUUUCAUGAAGAUUACAUUAGAUCAUACAUGUACAAGGUCCGUCUGCCUAGGGAUUCAGAAUGUGGCCGCUAUUCACUCAGCAUCGGGCUUCCUAGUCAAGUGUGGCGGCCCUGCCCGGCUUUAUCUCAGACUCUGCUUCUCCGCCACCCCUGCCUCCACGUAGGGCCUUGUAGCAUUGGGCUUCCUGACCGGGGCCCAGCUUUGGGCUUUCGAGGUAGUCAGUGCUGUUGACUGGGCCCGGGGAACCCUCCAGCCACAGCUCGGGGCGGGGAGCGGCGACUGGACAGGUAGAGUCACUGUCCCCGCCCAAAACCCCGGGCACAAAGGCUGCGGCUGGGGCUGCCUCCCCACGGUGGGUGGGGCGUUUCAGCCCAGCCCCUUUCUACCUUGGGGGUCCCUUGCAGGUGCAGGUUCCAGGAACCCCGGCAACCCUCCUUCCCGCACAUGGGGCACCCUGAGCUCCUGCAUGGGGUCUGCACCUGGCCCUGGGGCGCUAACUGGGUCAGGCUGCGGAGCCCAGGGCCGGCCGCCCGCGCUGGUCGCCUUCCCCUGCCAAGUGGUGCACAGAAACCCAAUUUCCCCUGAAUCUCCACGUGGGGGGCACAUGAAUGGGCCUUAUUCAAACGCGAGCUGGGAGCAGAUGGUGUCAGUGCCGGUUGUUCCAUUGUGACUGCCCCAAUUACAGAAAAACGCUCAUUUCACAGGAUUUUUCAGAGGGAAGCGAACCUUUAGAAGGAAUUGUCCUCGUUUUUCCUCCACAGAUAGAAGGAAGGCUGCGAGGGCUCAUUUUAUUUAUUAGUCAUGUGGAUUCAGGUCAGUUCCUGAAGCUCCUUUGUUGGGCCGCCUCCUCCCAGGGCUAUUGUGGGAGGGCUGAAGGCGAGGUGUUUGCAGGGUCCCCUGUGAACGGAAAGCGGCCCGGCACCAAGGGGUCCCUGCGUGUCCCGCACUCAACCGCUGAGAGUCCCUGCCACCCUCUCGAGCCCCGCCGCCCUCCCCUCCCCUCCCCCAUGGGGAAGCGGGUCCUUCGGUCCUGGUCCGGGGCCGCGCACUGAGUUCUCUAGCCUCUCAGCCCCUGUGCACUUUUUUUUUUUUUUUUCUGUUACGCGGGCCUCUCAGUGCUGUGGCCUCUCCCGUUGCGGAGCACAGGCUCCGGACGCGCA